AUAAAAAUCUUCCAUUUUGUGCAUGUUUAGCUUCUCAAAAAAUAUUCAUUUCUGUAUGGAUGGCGGUGGUGUCUUACCUUUUGAACACGUAUAUGAGAAGAGAGGAGAAUGGGGAAGCCAAGUGGUUUGCGUACAGCAAGGAAACAUGUUACCCAUCGUCGUGAUCAACGCUGGCAUGACAAAGAUUACAAGAAAGCUCAUCUUGGAACAAGAUGGAAAGCUAAUCCAUUUGGGGGAGCUUCUCAUGCUAAAGGGAUAGUGCUGGAAAAAGUGGGUGUUGAAGCUAAACAACCAAACUCUGCUAUUAGAAAAUGUGUCCGUGUUCAGUUGAUCAAAAAUGGGAAAAAAAUAACAGCUUUUGUUCCGAAUGAUGGUUGUCUGAAUUAUAUUGAAGAAAACGACGAGGUGCUGGUUGCUGGGUUUGGUCGUAAAGGUCAUGCCGUUGGAGAUAUCCCAGGAGUUCGUUUUAAAGUUGUGAAGGUUGCUAAUGUGUCUCUCUUAGCUCUGUACAAAGAAAAGAAAGAAAGGCCCAGGUCAUAAUCUGUGCUGACCAAUAAACCUUGAGUGAAAGAAAAACAUAUUUAGUUAU